UAUAUGAAUAAUAUGACAGUGACAGACAACAACAGCAACACUCGUAAUUCGUAGAAGCUAACCUAAACUUCUUAACUAUUUUGUUUGGCUUUAUUCCGUGUGUAACAACUACAUAUUUCAAAAAUAUAGGCACGAAAGUAGACAACUAAGUUUCAUCAAUAAAAUGGCAGACGAAGAAUAUGAGGCUGACGAUGCGGGAGCAGAUUACGAUGAUAUUGCUGAGGAGGACGAUAAUAUUGAAGAAACAGAGGAACAGGAGGAGGAAGGAUACAACGUGCAAUGUCUGGCGCCCGGCCAGGCUGGCGGGGGAGUCGAGAAGUGGAAGCGCAUCACUACACGGUACAUGACCAAGUACGAGAGAGCUAGAGUUUUAGGUACAAGAGCAUUGCAAAUAGCCAUGUGUGCACCCGUGAUGGUGGAGCUUGAAGGAGAAACAGACCCUCUACAGAUAGCUAUGAAAGAACUAAAACAUGGCAAGAUUCCAAUCAUUAUCAGACGCUACCUUCCUGACCAUUCCUACGAAGACUGGAGCAUAGACGAACUUAUUAUCAUAGACCAUUAAGAAUCAAUCAUAGACAAUCUUAAUUUAUUUUUCUACAGUUCAACAUUUAAUUAUAGUAGAAAAAGACAUUAAUUGUAAAUGAAGAUUUUUGAUAGUCUAUAUUUGGGCCAUUAUAAACAUGUGAACUGUCACAUCAAAUAUUUGUGAGGGAGAGAUCUGAUAAAAAUUACUAUGCAUACACUGCACUACACUGUUUGUAAAGGCCCAAUGACAAUAAAUUGAGUCUAAAAAUGUCAGUCUUUCUUUUUACAUCUGGAAUUGCUCUAAACAGUAAUUCAUUCAAAUUAAUAUCAAAUAAUUAUAAGAAAACUUAGUUGUAAGGAAUAAAUUGUAAGAUUUUAUAAUA